AUGGCGUAUCCCAGCAUGGACAAGAUCUAUCAGAAAUCAAGCAGCGCAGAGUAUGAAAUGGAGGUGGAAAAGGACCUUGCUGGUCACACUACGCAGGGUGCACAUGGUGUGAACUAUCACCAUGCGGCCGCCGGCGAUCAGGGCAGCACUUUCUUCAUGCCUUGCAAGUCGCUGCUUGGGGAGGGUGCGCUCGUGGGGGCCGUUUCCCAGGUCAAGGCCCUUGGACAGAAGAAGGCCCUGAUCGUGACAGAUGCUGUGCUUGUGAAAGUAGGUGCGGCCAAGGCACUAACAGAAGUUUUGGAUGAUGCGGGCAUCGGCUACGUCAUCUAUGAUGGCUGCCUGCCAAACCCCACAGUGGCACAGGUUGAUGCAGGAGUGAAGAUGCUGAAGGACAACAACUGCGACUUCGUGGUCUCCUUCGGCGGCGGCUCCCCGCACGAUUGUGCCAAGGCCAUCAGUAUGCUGUGCGCCAAUGGUGGGAGCAUCAAAGACUACGAGGGUGUGGACAAGAGCACAAAGCCAAUGCUGCCUCUCGUGGCUGUGAACACCACAGCAGGCACCGGAGCAGAGAUGACCCGCUUUUGCAUCAUCACGGAUGAGGUCAGACAUGUGAAGAUGGCCCUGGUGGACUGGCGAUUGACUCCGACCCUGGCAGUGAAUGACCCCAAGCUGAUGGUGGGCAUGCCCAAGGGCCUCACGGCAGCCACGGGCAUGGAUGCCCUGACCCACGCCAUUGAGGCCUACGUCAGCACAGCCUCAAACCCGAUCACCGACGCCAGCGCCUUGCACGCCAUAAAGCUGAUCGCAACGUACCUGCCCCAAGCGGUGGAAAACGGUAAGAAUAUGAAGGCCAGAGACAUGAUGGCCUCGGCAGAGUUCCUGGCAGGCAUGGCCUUCAACAGCGCUUCUCUGGGCUAUGUACAUGCCAUGGCCCAUCAGCUGGGAGGCUUCUACAAUGCAGCCCAUGGCGUUUGCAAUGCUGUGUUGCUUCCAGUGGUGCAGAAGUACAAUUCCCAGUAUGUUCCAGAGCUCUUCAUUGAUAUUGCCCAUGCCAUGGGAUUCACCGAAGUUGGUCAGGACAAAGCGAAGGCUGUUGAAGUGGUACUGAAGUCCAUCAAGGACCUCAACAAGAGGCUCGGCAUUCCUCAGAACAUCAAGGAGCUCGGCGCCAAAGUGGAGGAUUUCGAGAAGCUGGCAGACAAUGCCAUGAAGGACGCCUGCGGACUGACGAACCCGCACCAGCCCACUCGCGAGGAGGUUAUCGAGCUUUUCAGAUUGGCGUACGAGCAGCAGUACUGA